GAUUUCUAUUUAAAGAAUUGUGAUAUGAGAGCAUCAUGAUUAUGUCCGAAAUGUCUCAGUGUUUGCACGGUCUUCACCGUGAAUGGUAGUAAUUGAAAAAUCACAAAACUAUGAAACUCUUAUUUCUAUUUAUGGCAAGUUGUGCCUUUAUUCAGUUCUUUUCCGUACACGCGACAAAUGUGAACGAAUAUCUAUACGAAAAAUUACGGCAAUCUAAGAUAGAAUUUAUUAAAAUUCACAUUCAGGAAAUAUCGCCGGUACAGGAAAAAUCGUACAAAGUACAAUGGGAUAGAUCAUGGCGAAUACCUCUAACGAGCAAGCAUCGGCCAUUCGUGAUAAAUAUGUUCGAUGAGAUAUUUAUCCUCGAUGAUAAUCAUGUGAUGGUAUCUUUUCUUAAUAAGACCUCUUGGAAUGAAACCCACGAAGCGUUACGUCAGGUUGAUUCGAUCGAGGAACACUCCGCCAUUAAAUUUGUCAGGGACAUCGUAUGGAAUGAUAUCACCUAUCUAUUACUAUGUUACGAGUCCGAUUUGUGUAAUCUUUAUACGGCAACGCGAAAAGACAUGUUGCGAUUCCGCCACACUAUCGGACACAGAGGGACUCCCGUGGAUGCUAAAUUUUUCAUACAGGAUGAUCAACUCCAUCUAGUCAUCGCCAAUUAUGCUGGCAAAUUUUCUGUGCCAUCCAUUAUCUAUCGAUGGAGCGGUACGUACAUGGAUGUAGUCAACGAGGUGAUGACAAUCGGUGUGAUAUCGGUCACUGCAUUCGAGCAACGACGAUCGAUGAUUAUCUUGUUCGCACAGUACGAUACCGAGAAUCCGCGGGUCGGUUCUGAAGUGUACGAGUUCAAAGGCGGUGACAUCGCGAGGAUACAAUUUUUGUCCACCUCGCGACCGGUUUCGAUGCAUCACUAUGUCCACAGCGACUUCAAUUUCGUCUUAAUGAUAAACGAGUUGGGGCCAAGCAAUGUUCUCUGCUGGGAUGGACAAGAGUUGUUGGAUUGGUUUAAUCUUUCCGAGAUUGAUCCACAUAGCUUGAUGAGUAUCUUCCACGUAGACGGCGAUACUUUUAUAGUUGUAGCACAUGAUAAUAUCAUCCAGUUAUAUAAAUUUCAUAGCACAUCCGAUUGGAAAAUUGAAAACAUUAAACAAUUCAAGGAUAAUCAAACGAUAAUUGAUAUGGUGAUAUCGAUGAAUAAUUAUACGGUGACUGUAAUAUUGGUUAUUGAGGAAAAAAAUGUAUAUUGGGUGGAACAGUGGCAAGCUGAAAUGGCUUCUGUACCAAGCGAAAACAAUGUAAAAGAUGCUGAUGAAACAAGGAAGUGCUUGUCGAAUCUGAUCGAAACAUUGCAAGCAAGAAUGCCGGCUAUAAAGGAAGCCAAAGAUUCUUGGAAAUUUCUCUUAUCGUCCGCGAAAAAUUUGACGAUCUCGGAGCCAAUAAAGUUCGAUAAUUUGAAUUUGCAAUCCGGCACAGUGGAGAACAUUGAAGUUGUGACUAAGGAAAACAUUUUACCGCCUCAUCAAAUUGAAAAAUCUUUGGACGGACUUAAUCGCAGUAUCCAUGAUGUCAUAAUGCCAAAACUGUCAAAGAAGAAAGAAAUGAGCACAAUUGCAUUAGAAACAUCGAAAGACUCGAUCGUGAUCGACGAUGCAUAUCUAGAAGAGUUGGAAAUCGAUCAAGUGAACGUGGAUAUCAUAAACGACAUGGAGAUACAAUCAGAGAAGAUAGUUCUCUCGGAACGCAAUGAAAACUUUACAUAUCCGUUGCGCUGGAAAAAUAUCAUUGUAGACGAACUUGAAGUUGAGUCUCUCUGUGGAGUGCCACCUCAAUAUUGGAUGUUACAAAAGGAUGAAGGAAUCAAAUUUGUUGCUGCAAAUAAUUCAAUUGAAUAUUUAAAUGACACUAUUAUAUUACACUCUGAUUUGACAGUACCAAAGUUAAAAAUUAAAAGCUUGAACGGGACAAUCGUUGAUCAAUUGAUUGAUAAUCUAUUCCGUAUUAACCAUAAUCAGACAAUUAAAGGUACAAUUACGUAUAAAAACUCGUUGAAUAUUAUGAAUUUUACGACACAGAUGUUGAACGGUAUUCCCGCUGAUAAACUUAUGACAACGACAACGAAUCAGACCUUUGAUGAUUUUUAUAUAAAAGUUUUGCAGAUUGACAAUUUAUUUGCUGAAACGAUUAAUGGAAUACCGGUUGAGGAAGCUGCGCGAAAGUCUCGCGAAAAUGUUAUUAAAGGUAAGUUAAAAUUGGCGAAUCUCCACGUCACCGAGAAUUUCAUGAUUGAUGUGAACACAUCUGUAAUGAAAAUGCCCAACGAACAGUUUCUUCAUAUCUAUGAAAACGUUAUGAUAUUCGGUGAUCUACAUCUUCGGAAUAUGAAAAUCGAAAACACAGCUACGCUCUUUAUAGAAGAUGUUCUAGUAAAUGUAAACAACAUGUUUAACAACUCCUGGACGAAAUCAAGCGAUCAAACGAUCACGGAAAAAAUUACUUUGAAAAGUGGAUUCACCAUCGACAGACUCAAUACAAAGUACCUCAACGGUUUUGCGGAAAAUGACUUUCUUUACACCACAAUGGAGGAGAUACCGAGCGAGUUCACCAAUCUACGUUUCGAAAAUCUUUAUGUCGAUGAAUUUUUUCCUGAAGAUGGUUCGAACGAUACUCUCUUUCAGGUUCUAUCCGAUCAAUUAAUUAUUCGGAAACAAUUGCAUCUACAAAGUCUUCAAGCGGAAGAUAUCAUUACUUUAGCUUUCAAUGGUAUCGACGUUGAUGAUAUCAUGAACGGAAUUGGAGCAAAUUUCUCAGGAACCACAAAACUUCCCGUCGUUCGAGCACGUCGUGUAUUCGUCGACAAUCUCGAUGUCUGCCUUCUCAAUGAUCGCAAGAUCAUUUUCGAAGACGGGCUUCGUAUCAAUGAUGAUCAUCAGAUAGCAACCUUGAAGGUACCGCAUUUCAACGUACAAAAGUUGGAAGUGGAAAGGUUGAAUGGAACCGAGCUGAAUCUUCUGAUGCAGUUGGAAAAUUCUGACUUGAGAAUCAUUAUUGAUGGAGACUUGAUGGUAGAGAACCUAACAAUCAGUCAAGUAGACGGACAAUCGAUUGAGAGUUUCUUAGAUGAACUGGGGCAAAGUGAUAUCUUGAUAACAACGAAGAAGAGCAUUGAAAACUUGAUCGUAGAAAACAUAACAUUGAAAUCUCUUCAUGGUCGAAAUUUCGAUGAGCUAUUUGCAAGUAUUCUCUCAAAAUCGAGGGAACAAACGAUACCAGGAUACUUUUCAGCCGAUGUUAUCACUUCCAAUAAUGUCACAAUAGAUUUCAUCAACAAGCAGAACACUUCACAGCUCAUGUGGGUGGAUGAACCUUUAACGAUUACGGGCAAUGUAACAUUCUCCGAUUUAUUUGUCGAAGGCGAUGUGAUUACUUCAAAGUUAAAUGGACGUAACGUGCGUGAGUUAUACGACAGUUUAUUAUAUAUUCCCGUGAAAAAUAUCGAUUUCCUUAAAGUGGACGAAAUUUAUUGGGAGACGCCUUUGACUAGUUCUACCUCUACAUCUUACUUGUUGAAGAACGCCGUGACUAAGACUGAAGAUCAAAAUAUCACGGGCAAAGUGACCUUUACGAAGGACGUUCGCGCGUGGGCAGUCACCGGUGCAUUCAACGAGAUUAAUGAAAUUGGACGUAUAAUAUCAGACGCCGUGAUCGACAACGGGGGAGAAAUCGAAAUCAAUGGAAAGAAAUUCUUUGAGGAUGAUUUCGUCGCGAACAAGUUGGUGGUGAACGGUGAUUUGGGCAUCGCCAAAGUCAACGACGUGGAUAUUCUCAAGUUUAACGAUUCGGUUGUUAGAAAAGAUCGUGAGGAAACGAUCAUCGGUCCGUUGACAUUCCUCAAGGAUGUGACAAUCGAGAAACUUCAAGCAAACGAUGCCGAUCUUAAUGCAUCCAUUAACGCUGCUGUACGUUCUGACGAUGUUAUGCCAGAUAACAUCUUCUUCGAGGAGCUUGUAGUAGUGAGCAAUGUACAUCUACAGAAUUUAAACAAUAUAGAUUUCGACAAGUUUGCAAACAAUCGUGUUACUCUCACCGGAAAUCACAAUAUCUCAUGCGAUUUGAAAUUUAAUGGUGUCGUUACAGUAACAGGUAAUGCGAAUGUAGCGAAAAUUAACGGAAUUCAUCCAUCCGAGUUUGUCCUCAAUAAUGCUCAUGAGAUGCAAAUGAUAUAUGGCACGAAAACUUUUGAAGAGGAUUUGAUAAUCGAAGGAAAUGUUACUGCACCGCGAGUCAACAAUGUUGAAAUAUUAAAGGAAUAUAAUAAUGGUGUACAAAACGAUGAGGAUGUCGAUAUUUUUGGAAAUCUCAUUUUUAAGUCGAACGUUCAGAUUCAAAGUAUGAAUGUUUCCGGUUUGGUGAAUGGUGUAAAUUUACAUUCCGCUAUCAGCGAUUCUCAAGAGAAGGUGAAUGAAACUCUUCAAAGCCUGGAGGAAAGCUGGAGGAUAAUCGAACAGAAUAUCCAGUAUAAUUCUCAAAUAUCUGAGACUUUGCGCAAUAUUUUCUUUUAUCUGGAAACGGAAGAGGAUCUAAGAAUACCCGGAACCAAUGUCAGCAAAAUUGACGUAGUGCACUUCAACGAAAACGCAGUCAGAUUAAACAUGCAUAGCGAACAACCUGGAAGAUUUUGUGGGCUACCAGACAAUUGUUCGUGUACAUAUCAAUCUGUAGUAGAAAUCGUUGAUAGAAAUGUACGAAAAUGGCAAGUCAAUCCUGGAGAAAUCGUAAAGAAUUUUCACGAUCCGAGUAGUAUUUUCGAUGUUAAUAUAAUAACAAAUGCCGUUUCGAGCAGUGAAAAAUGCAUCUCGUCGAGAACCAAGGAAGAAUUCACUACGAUUUCCUUGAUAAGGUCUGAAGAUUCUAAAGAGAUUCAAGAAGAUGUUUUCGAUCAGAUAGAGGGAUAUUUGAAAGAUGCCAGUAUUUUUAAACACGAUGAUAAUGUGUAUAUAGUUUUGGCGAUUUACUAUGAUAAAGCACACGCGACACAUCGUACAAACUCCUUGCUUUAUAGAAUACAUAUGACAACGAAAAAUGCAACAUUAGUUCAAGAAAUUCCUACGGACGGUGCCUGGUCUAUUCAAAUUUUCAAAAUCAAUCAUCACGAGGUGUUUCUUCUUAUCGGCUGUUUUAGCAAGUCUUCGGAAUCUUCUUUAUAUAGAUUCAAUCCAUUAACACAAAAGUUUGAACAACUGAAAAUAUUCGCAAGCAGAAGUCGUUACGUAAAGAGUUUAGCGCAAGGAAAUGAUUAUUUUAUCUUGCUUGAUAAUCCUGAUACAAACGCCGUGAAUAUUUACAAAUAUGAUCCUACAUCUCGGAACUUUUACCACUAUCAAAACAUUUUUCAUGUUCAUCGAAUUAAUGGUAUCGAAUGCUUCUACACUGAUGAUUUUGGCAAUAGUGAUGUGUUUGUGAUUAUCACAACGCAAGGUGGUCGAUUUUACAUGUACGAAUAUAUGUUUGCUGGGAAAUUCCAGAUGAAGUUACAACACACUGUGGAUGGCUUACGAACGAUAAUGCCGUUUUACCAUAUGAAUCGGCAUUACAUCUUGAUUGGUACAGAUGAUAACAAUAUAAUCUUCCGAAUUGUGAAACAGGGUCCACAUUAAUCCUACAAAAAAAUCAUCGGUAUGAAUUUGAUGUAUAUGCGCACGUAUAUAUACUUAUGAUUACUUAUAUAUUCCGACAUUAUUAAAAAUUGAUACAAGUAUUUAUUACGUUCAAUCGUUAAUCGACUAUAAGGAGGAUAUAAAGAAGAUAUAAAACAU